AUGGCUGCUGCCCAGAUCACCUCAUUGUCCUUCUCCGUCCAGCCAAUAAUGUUCCAUUCGGCUUCGCCGGUGGCCGGAAACGGUGGCCGGAGAGGCCAUCCAAAUGCUUUCUUCUGCCCUUGGGCGCCGGUGAUCUGCCAUGGGCGACGGGGGGCCACGUCCUAUGCGCUGUCCGAUAACUGUGAUUUCCAGGAUUUGCUCUCCAUGCAACACCGAGAGGGCCUAACAGGUGUGCAAGCAUUGUUCUGUCAACACCAGAAAAGCAGCAGUAACAUGAUGGCCAUUGUUGAUCACCUCAAACACCUCUGCAUUGACCAAUAUUUCCAAGACGAGAUCGGCAAUGUCGUGGACUCAUGCAUGGAUCUCACCCAUAGUGAUAAUCUCCUCGAUGUAGCCCUUUCCAUGAGGCUGAUGAGGGAAGCUGGAUAUCAUGUUUCAGCUGAUGAGGUUCUUCAAAAGUUUGCAAAUGGUAAUGGUGAUUUCAGCCUAGCUCAUAGCCAAGACAUCAGAGGAUUGCUGAGCUUGCAAGAUGUGUCACACCUCAAUAUGGGAGAAGCUUCACUCUACAAGGCAAAGGAGUACUCAGGCAAACACCUUAGAUCUACACUGAAGUACUUGGAGCCAAAUCUUGCAAGACAUGUAAGGCAGUCACUAGACCAUCCCUAUCAUGUCAGCCUGAUGCAGUACAAGGCCAGGCACCACCUGAGCUACCUCCAGACCUUGCCCACUAGGAACACGGCAAUUGAGAAGCUGGCACUUGCAGAGUUUCAGAUUAACAAGUUGCAACAUCAGAAGGAACUGCAAGAGAUUAAGGGAUGGUGGAUGGAUCUGGGAUUGGCUCAAGAAAUACCUGCUGCAAGGAACCAAUUAGUGAAAUGGUACAUGUGGCCCAUGACUAUCCUCGAGGGUUACUCCUUCUCUAAGUAUCGAAUUGAGAUCACAAAGAUCAUCUCAAUGGUAUACAUUGUGGAUGACAUCUUUGAUCUUGUUGCCACACAAGAGGAGCUAUCCCUCUUUAAUGAGGCAAUCAUAAUGUGGAAUCUUGAAGCUGCUGAUUCACUCCCAAGCUACAUGAUAUCAUGCUACAAGGCUCUUUACAAUAUAACAAAUGAUAUCGCUGAUAUGUCCAAGAAAGAGCAUGGACUGAACCCAAUUGAUCAUCUCAAGAAAGCUUGGGCAACUUUGUUUAACGGAUUCAUGAUUGAGGCAAAAUGGUUGUCUGGUAAUCACGCCCCUACACGGGACGACUACCUGAAAAACGGCAUCAUCACCUCAGGAGCACCACUUUUGUUUAUGCACCUUCUCUUCAUGCUAGGCCAUGAUUUAACGGAGGAAAACAACGACCACAUGUCUCGGAUUAUCUCAUGCCCAGCAAAAAUCAUGAGGCUCUGGGACGACAUGGGCAGUGCAAAGGAUGAAGCACAAGAAGGGCUCGAUGGAUCGUACAAGGAGCUCUACCUAAAAGAGAGCCCUCAUAGUGACGCGGAGGGGCACAUGUUAGAGAUGAUUGCAGAUGAGUGGGAGUGUCUCAACAGGGAGUGCUUCUCCAGGACGAGGUCAUCACUAUCCCCUACCUUCAUUCGAGCGUCACUCAAUUUUGCAAGGAUGGUCAGCGUCAUGUAUGGCUACGACCACGAGCACAGGCUCCCUGUCCUUGAGGAUUACACCAGAAUGCUACUCUUCUGA